ACAAAUGUGAGUAAAAACUUAGUCGCGCGUGAUCCGAAGUUCCGGCAGUUCAAGCUGAGACGAAAUUUCCACAAAAAUGAAGAUUAUUUUGCUGCUUCUUAUCCCCGCUUCAGUAUUGGGCCAAAUCAAUGGGCCAUCCGACGAUACGCCGACCGAGCCAAUAAGUGGACGAGUGAAUUUGGACCAACUGGACAAAUGGCGCAACGUUUGGAAAGCUCUGUGCGAUCGGUGGUGCCCCCCAUUGACCUACAUGACCUUUCCCCAUCUUUUGAGACUCUUUUGUACCGCCAAGUGUAGCUCACGAGCACCAGUAACGAAUCUUGGCGACCCCUCAGGCAUCUCACCCAACGACAUUGCGUCACUGCUGAACGGAUUGCGUCCGAACCCUUCGGAAAAACCAGAUUCGGGAGGAACUGUAGGGAACCAGACAUCGACGAGCCAAUCACCUCCGAAACUGGAUUCUACCACAGUGAAACUGUGAAACCAUUCAGCGAUCGACCCGCCGGGUGCAGAAGUUUGGAUUAAUAAACACGAAGCUUCGAGAACACACUGCAAUAUCCAAAGAUUUCUAGUUCUCGCCUGGCUAGUAGUAAAGUAUACUUCGGAACAGCCAACAUUUUCCAUUCGAGUGAUCACAGGAAUGGUGGAGUAGAAUUUAAAUAAAAAGUGACCGGUUGGCUGACUCGAUUGGCGAUUGGGAAUUAACCCGCAGACACGAAAAUUUCAAGUGUCCAGAACUUUAAAAUCUCUUUCUUCAAUUUGCCCAUUUUUCUAUAAUAAAACUUGAUUUUUCAAUUUUUUCAAUGAUCGUAAUCGAUUACUAAGGAAUUGU